UACUUCCGGGAAAGCAAUUUAACUUCCGGCCGGAGGUUCCACAUGUGUUUUAAAAAGCUGUUGACCUUUAAGCGAAAACAAACUGGCAAUGUCAUUUUGAGUUAACAGCUACUGUAUGUGAAAGGAGUUCAGAACAGGAAAAAAUCAGUAAAAGACAAAGGCAAGAAAAUAAAGGUUCUUUUGCCAACAUGUCAGAAAACACGGAGGAGCAGGCAUUGGCAGAAAAAAAUGGACCAAUUUUCCUGAAUAUCAACCCAGAUGAUGAUGCUCCGUUCCAUGAAAUAGAAAGUCUGUGUUUGAAUUGCCAUGAACAGGGCACCACCAGGUUGAUGUUAACCAAGAUUCCAUUUUUCAAGGAUGUGAUUGUGUCGUCGUUCAGCUGUGACCAGUGUGGUCACCAGGACAGUGAGAUUCAGUCUGCAGGGCCCAUACAGGAGAGGGGGGUCAUCUUGAAGCUCACCGUGGCAGCUAAACAGGACUUGAACAGACAGGUGGUGCUAUCCAACACUGCAACAAUGUCCAUUCCAAGUCUGGAAUUUGAGGCUCCACCUAACAAAGGAUUGCUAACUACAGUAGAAGGGGUGAUCACUAGAGCCGUGGAUGGAUUACAGCAGAACCAGCCAGUACGGAAGGCAAUAGAUCCAGAUACUGCAGCCAAAAUAGAUGAAUUUAUUACCAAGUUGGAGAAAUUAAAAGAUCUGGAGAAACCCUUCAUAUUUCUUGUUAAUGACCCCAGUGGAAACAGUUAUAUUGAGAAUCCCAGUGCUCUGACGGCUGACCCUGGACUCACAGUUACAAAAUAUACCAGGAAUCUGGAACAAAAUAAACUUCUGGGGAUCCUGCCUGAUGAUGCCACAGAGAACAUAGAACCAGAAGCAGAAGAAGCAGCUGCGGAAGCCAAUUUAAAAGAUGAGGUGCUCCAGUUCCGCAGUAACUGCCCAAACUGUAACAGUCCUUGUGAUACUAACAUGAAGUUAGUGGAUAUUCCAAACUUCAAGCAGGUUGUUAUCAUGGCCACCGUGUGUGAUGUAUGUGGCGCCAAAGACAAUGAGGUGAAGGGAGGCGCUGGGAUUGAACCCAAAGGCAUUAAAAUAUCGCUUCAUUUGACUGAUCCCUCUGACCUGUCCAGGGAUCUGUUGAAGUCUGACACAUGUGGACUUGAGAUUCCUGAGCUAGAACUCACAUUGGAGCAUGGCACUUUGGGAGGAAAGUUCACCACUGUAGAGGGUAUCCUCACUGAUAUCAAGGGGCAGCUAGGAGAAGAAAAUCCCUUUAUAUCAGGAGAUAGUUCACAGUCUGACACUAGGAACAAGGUGCAGGAAUUUUGUGCCAGGUUGGAAGAGAUCAUAAGUGGCAAGAGGCUAGAUGUGCACAUUAUUUUGGAUGACCCUGCUGGUAAUAGUUACAUUCAGAAUGUGUAUGCUCCAGAGCCAGACCCAGAGAUGACAGUGGAACACUAUGACAGGAAUUACGAUCAGAAUGAAAUCUUAGGACUGAACGAUAUGCAAACUGAAAACUAUGAAUCCUGACAUGC